AUGGGUUCUUCUAAACCUCCUAACCUCGAGAUGCCUUUUGGCUACAACUUCGACGCCUCUUCUACCUUUCCAUUCCCCUCUCCCACUGCGCCUGCGCCAGGCCCCUCACUACUCGACGAUAACGAAUCGAAAUUCCUGGAUAGCUUCUUUGACGGAGUAAGCUCAGAUCAGUUCGACUACAACUUAUUUACAAAUGCGCCGGGCGAAGCAGAAGCAGGGUUUGGUUGGGAUGAGCUCCCUCCAACGUUCAUGGGCACGACAUCAUCCUUUGGCCAACAGCCUCAGAUGGGAGCGCAAGACGUACCACAUAUGACAUUUAAUGGCAUACCCUCACAAUUACAUUCGGAAUCUACCGGUAUACCACCGUCAACCUCAGCAGACGUAUUAGAGGCAGCUACAUUAUUGCAGAACGGAUCUGCGGGCAGGUCACAUAGUGUGGCGGAUGGAUCAAUGUACCACACGCCCAAUAUGAGUUUAUACCCUACCAAUGGCCAUAUGAGACCACAAUCAAUGUCUCAGUUAUCUGCACCACAGCCAUAUGGUGGAAAUCACCAAAGUCAGAGUAGUGACGAUUUCAUGCGGGAUACAUACUUCUCGAGCAUGGUAUUUGGAAACCCAACCGAGACGACAUUACGGCAAAGAAACGUGAACCAGAAACUAGACAUCAGAUGGGGUUCCGACGCAUCUUUCGGAACGCCCCAAGGAUUCAUGGCACCAGGAAGUCAACACACAGACGCCGAAGUAGAGCGAUCUCAAAUCAACACUCUCGAAACCGCAUUCAAACUUGAAUCCGACGGUCCCCACGCCGAUACCUCACAUCCAACAAGUCCCAUCAGUGCCUUCCGCCCGCCACGAACCGAGAAAUCAAACACCCAACCCGACUCCGAACCCUCAUCCUCGCCCCGCCCAAAGAAACGCCGGAAAAGCAAAUUCCAAGACGAAGACGACGACACCCUCCUCCCCGGCUUCCGCAAACGCAAACCCCCGAAAAAAGACAAAGAGCCGGCGGACGCGGAAUCAGGACAUAAGAGGAGGAAGAGUACGGCUGCGUCGGUGGCGGCGGCGGCGAAGGCUUCGAGGGAAAAUCUUACGGAGGAUCAGAAGAGGGAGAAUCAUAUACGCAGCGAGCAGAAGAGACGGACGUUGAUAAGAGAAGGGUUUGAGGAUUUGGGGGAGCUGGUGCCGGGGUUGAGGGGCGGUGGGUUUAGUAAGAGUGCGGUGCUUGUUAUGGCGGCGGAUUGGUUGGAGGAUUUGGUGGGGGGGAAUGAGGUGCUGAGGAGGGAGGUGGAGAGGUUGGAGGGACGGUGA